GGCAGUCAUGUGAUUGUCUUCCCUGUGUUUGGGGCAGGAAGAUGGCGGCCGGGUCGUUCUUCGUACCUCUCUCCUUCCUCCUUGUACUGGUGGUGCCAUGGCAUGCUGCCACCUCCCAGCAAGUGCCCGUCCUGCUGUGGUCCAGCGAGGGCUCCCUCUGGUCAGCGCAGCCCAGCGCACAUGGCGGACACGUGACAACCGAUCUCCAGCUGGGUCAGUACCUGGACGCGGCUCUCAGCACUGGACCCAGGAAUGUUCUGCUGUUCCUCCAAGAGAAGUUGAGCGUUGAAGACUUCACAGCAUUCGGCGGAGUCUAUGGGAACAAACAAGACAGCGCCUUCCCGAAUCUGGAGAACAUCAUGGAGUCGUCACCGUCCUCCUUGGUGCUGCCCGCCGUAGACUGGUACGCUGCCAACAUCUUGCCAACUUACCUAAAGGAGAAGCUGGGUGUGAGCCCCCUGCACGUGGAUCAGUCGACCCUAUUGGAGCUGAGGCUGAAUGAGAGUAUCCCGUCACUGCUGAUUGUGCAGCUGCCCUAUGCCAACAGUGCCGGAGUAAUGGCAGCUAAAGACGUCCUCCGAGCAAACGAUGAAGUGAUAGGACAGGUGCUGAGCACCCUGAAAUCAGAAGGUAUCCCUUACACCGCCCUCCUCACAGCCCUCAGGCCAUCGCGGGUUACCAGGGAGAAUGACUUUGCUGUGGGCAGUUUUGGGCGCCAGUUGUUGGCGACCGCUACACCGACACCCGCUUACCCUCCUCUGUCUUACAACGGAACCCAGAAUAUUCCCUGCAUCCUGUUUUGGGCCUCGAACAUCACGGUGUCUAUGGAUCGGGAGGUGGAACUGACUAAUGCCACGUUCCGGGAGACGGGUGACAUCACGAGCGGCUCCUUCUGCAACAGCUCUGCUGCCAGGCUCGAGCUAAAUUACAACGGUGGGAUCAGAAUUGUCUUCGAACUGGCGAGCCGCUGGUAUCCAGUAUCCGGACGACCCUGGUUCACUCUGAACCGUGUGUUAUUAUUUAACGGAACAGUCAACGCCACCUUCCUGGCUCCUCAGGUGAACGCUCCCAGUAACUACUCCUUCCACUGUCAGUAUGUCAGCAAUCUGCCCACACACGGUCCGCUCCUGGUGAAGAAUACCACCGACGAUUCCCCUGCCAGCAACUGGCGCCUCACCAUCACUGAUUUCCAGAUUCAGGCCUUUAACGUGACCAGCGUCCAGUUUAAUUACGCCAGUGACUGCGCCGGAUUCUUCUCUCCCGGCAUCUGGAUGGGUCUCAUCACCACUCUGCUCUUCGUCUUCAUCCUGACGUACGGACUCCACAUGGUGAUGAGCCUCAAGACCAUGGAUCGCUUUGAUGACCCCAAAGGACCAUCCAUCUCUGUGCCCCAGAACGAGUGACCUCCCCCCGCACCCGUCCAUGCCAUCCCCUCCUGUGUCCAGGCCCUGAUACAUUCCGCCCCCCCACCCCGACUGUCACCUUCUCACGUCCUCCUCCAUGCGCCCCGUGGGUGAGAGAGUAGGUUCACCCUUGUGUUGUGAGUGGUUGGUCUCCUGUGCGCUUUGUAUAUAAUUUACCUUUACAGAUUAGAAUGGCUGAGGCAUCAAAGACCUCGUACCUCAGUCUUCACUUCCUAGUAUGGAGGUCAGGCUUUGGAGGAGGUCCCUCUCUCUCUCUUUUUAUUGUUUACUUUCCUGUAAAAGUAUUUGGGAUUUGAAGGGUUAAUGUUCUCCUCCUUAGACCUGCACACGAGGGUCUCGUGCUCUGAGCAGAGAAUUACUUGAAAGCAGGGACUUCCAGGUCCUCCUACUGCCACAUGGGCACAACAUGGCGCCGCAAACAGCAAAUAUCCCCCGAGUGUCCAGCAGGGGGAGCUACAAGGAUGUAAAAACUCUCUAGAAUGUGUGCAUAGUACCAAGAAACGCUAUUUAUUUGUGUGUGUGGAGCGGCUGGGAUCUGUAGUACAUUGACGGCUCUAGUGACGUGAUCCCGUGUCGUGCACUGUUUGGCGGAUUUUCGCUCGUUUCCAUGAACAGGACGUGCGAUCCUCUGUAACUCUUCACUGUAUAACUUAUGAGAAAUGAAAUAAAAUCUACCUGUGGUCGUGUGUGGA